AUGGUUAUCGACUUGAAUGUUUCUGAUGAUGGCUUUGAAGAAGAAGAAAAUGAGAAUAAUUUUGAUGGUAAUGAAUGUAGCUUGUCUGAAGAUGUUAGUGUUUCAGAUUUGGAGAGCGAGUCAGAUAAGUCACUAAGAAUUGAAAUUGAGGAUAAAUUGCAGGUUGGUGCUGUUUAUGAUAGUUUGGAUGUGAUUUAUAUUUUGUACACCCAAUAUGGGUAUCCAGAUAAUAAGCGUUCGGUUGGACGAAUAGCUUCUUACAAGAAGCAAGUUAGUCGAACGAAUUGUAAGGCAAGGUUGCGAGUUGUUAGAGAGGAAGAUGGUCCAUGGAGAGUGUCUGUGUUUUUUAAACAACAUAAUCACGAAUUAGUGUCGCCAGACCAAAGUUAUACGUUGAGAUCUGCCCGUCAUAUGUCAUUUGCUAAAAAAUCUGUAUUAGAUGCUUUUAGGGCUGCAGGAAUUCAGAUUAGUAGGGCCUACAGGUUCAUGGAAAAAGAAGCAGGUGGACGAGCGAAUGUAGGAUUCAUGAAAAAUGAUGCAUAUGCACACGUAAAUUUGAUGAAAAAGGAAACCAAACUUGAAAAUGGAGAUGCGAAUGCAUUGAUGAAGUAUUUAAUUGGCAAGGGCAACACAGAGACUCAUUUUUAUUGGAAUGUACAGCUUGAUGAUGAUGGCCGGUUGAUGAACUUUUUCUUUAGGGAUACUCGUUCAGCUGUUGAUUAUGAGAUAUUUGGGGAUGUUCUAUCCAUUGAUACGACUUAUCGAACAAAUAAGUACAAUCUAGUGUGUGCACCUUUCGUUGGUAUAAACCACCACAAAAACAAUGUGCUUUUUGCCCUUGCCUUCUUGUCUGAUGAAACCACCAAAUCAUUUGAGUGGUUGUUUAAUUGCUUCUUAGAGUCUAUGAACUGGAAAGAGCCGGGGAUUAUAUUUUCAGAUCAAUGUCAGGCUCUUAUGAACGGGAUAGAUUUUAGUUUUCAGACUUCUUGUCACCGUUUGUGCCAAUGGCACAUAAACCAAAAUGCUCCAUCACAUUUUGGUUCUUUAAAUGGCAAUGCGACAUUCAAGAAGACAUGGUACUAUUGUAUGAAUGGUUGCGAGACAGAGGGUGAAUUUGAUUCUACUUGGCAGACAAUGAUAACCGAUUAUGAGCUAAGUGAGAACCGUUGGUUUGGGAACAUGUACAAUUUGAGAAAAAGAUGGGCUUCUGUGUAUACCAACGACAAGUUUACAGCCGGCCUACAUGCUACCUCUAGGAGUGAGGUGACGAACAAGGUGUUGAAAGAUUUAUGUUCUGCCACCACCUCUCUUCAUGACUUUGUGAUGAAAUACGAAAGACUACAGCACGAAUGGCAUUUGCGAGAGACUGAGGAGGACAGGCAUUUGCGAGAGACUGAGGAGGACACUUUGUGUCGUGGCGUCCCUGGACAAUUUAUUCAAAACAACAAUUUGUUAAAACAUGCCGCAAGGGUUUAUACUCGAAAUGUGUACAAAACCUUUGAAUGUGAGGUAGCUCAUUCUUUAAAUGUGAAGAUUAUUCAUCAUCCAUAUGACUUCACCGCCGAUGAAUUAGUGUAUGGAGUCUCUUCAUGUUCAGCAACUAAUGGGAUCCGUACAGUCCAUUUCACACGGGCAACACGUCAUGCUACCUGCUCAUGUCGAAUGUGGGAGGCCGAAGGCAUUUUGUGUCGGCACAUAGUCAAUAUUUUGUUGUUGUUGAAUAUUGACAACUUGCCCGAACAUUUCAUACUAAAGAGGUGGAGGAAGGACGCGAAGAAUAGGAUUCUACCUAACCAACGAAAUAUGGCUGAAGAAGGAGGUCAAGAUAGCAUUGCAAAUAUGGUUUUUGUUAACCAUAAUAUGAAAACUCUUUAUGAUUUGAUGUUGGAGUGCAAGGGCGACAAGAUUUGUCGGGAUGUCAUCAACAAAUUUGUGGGUAAUUGUGUCAAAGAAAUUGAACUAUUGAAAUCCGCGAGACCCGGAGUUAGUGGACGUCAUGGCAGUGAAGGGAAUAGUUCGGGGCAGGGUGUUAAGGCCUUGUGA